UUUUUUUUUGGCACAACUUCCCUAGUUUCCCCUCCGCUCCGCUCAGUUUCCCUCUAUGGACAGAUCGGCAAACCUGGACACGGAGGAGCUCAAGAUGACUCGAGAGCAGUAUAUAUUAGCAACACAACACAACAGCCUUCCAAGGACUGAACAUCCUCAGUUUUACCCAGUAGGGAUUUAUGGAUGGCGAAAGAGGUGCUUAUACUUCUUUGUCCUUCUGCUGUUGGUUACCAUGAUUGUUAACUUAGCAAUGACAGUAUGGAUUUUGAAGGUUAUGAAUUUCACAGUGGAUGGAAUGGGGAAUUUGAGAGUCACUAAAAAAGGAAUACGACUUGAAGGAAUAUCUGAAUUUCUACUUCCACUAUAUGUGAAAGAAAUCCAUUCCCGAAAGGAUAGCCCACUGGUCUUACAGUCUGACAGAAAUGUAACAGUGAAUGCAAGAAAUUACAUGGGACAGUUAACUGGACAACUGACAGUAGGAGCUGAUGCUGUGGAGGCCCUGUGUAAGAGAUUUGAAGUGAGGGCAAGUGAAGGUGGAAAAGUAUUGUUUUCUGCAGAUGAAGAUGAGAUUGUCAUUGGAGCCGACAGACUGAAAGUAACAGGCACGGAAGGGGCAGUGUUUGGGCACUCUGUGGAGACACCCCAUAUCAGAGCAGAACCUUCCCAAGACCUCAAACUUGAAUCUCCUACUAGAUCUUUGGUGAUGGAAGCACCCAGGGGAGUGCAAGUCAAUGCAGCUGCAGGAGACUUAAAGGCUACCUGUAGGAAAGAACUGCACUUACAGUCCACAGAAGGGGAGAUAUUUUUAAAUGCAGAUACAAUCCGCCUGGGAAAUCUACCAGUGGGUUCCUUUUCCUCCUCCUCCUCCUCACCCAGCUCUUCAGCUCCUCGCCAGACUAUCUAUGAGCUCUGCGUCUGUCCCAAUGGUAAACUUUACCUGUCCCCAGCAGGAGCAGGCUCCACAUGUCAAUCCAGUAGCAACAUCUGCUUGUGGAGCUAGAAUGACUCCAAUUUAUCCUCACACCAGAAUAGCCUUUUGUUAC